AUGACUACACCGUUCUCCUAUCUAGGCGCCAUGUCUCCUCCACCGUGUUCAGACCCCCCCCUCCAGUUGACCGUCGCGCCCGCUGAGACUACGUUCUCCUUCGCCCAUCCUGUCACUGCAACAACGGUGCCGCUGGAUACCACCACUGUAACUACUACCACCGCUCCAACUACAGCCACCACUGCUGCCCCCGCUGCCACCGCUGCAGUCACUACCACCAUUGCCACCACCCUCCCUCCCAAACCAGAAGAGAAAAAGCCUGUCAAGAAGAGAAAGUCGUGGGGUCAGGAACUACCCAUCCCCAAGACGAAUCUUCCUCCAAGAAAACGAGCCAAGACCGAAGAUGAGAAGGAACAACGCCGUAUAGAACGCGUUCUCAGGAACCGGGCUGCGGCUCAGACUUCCCGAGAGCGGAAGAGACUCGAGGUCGAGAAACUCGAAGGCGAGAAGCUGGAGAUGGAACACCAGAAUGGAAUCCUCCUCCAACGCCUGGCCCAAAUGGAAGCUGAAAACAAACGUCUGAGCCAACAAGUCGCCCAGCUAUCCGCCGAAAUCCGCUCCUCGUCGAGGGGCUCUUCCUCCAGAGGCUCCUCCCCACAAUCCAUCGUCUCCGGACUCACCUCUCCAAACCUCCUCCCGGCCAUGUUCAAACAAGAACGGGACGAAAUGGUCUCCCUGGACAACAUUCCAUUCCUCACCCCACCCAUCUCCGCCUACUCUCCCAGCGUGAAGAGCUGCGAUCUCACCGAUUCCUCCGACCUGACACAACAUCCUGCAGCGAUGUUGUGUGACCUGCAGUGUCAGUCGGAGGCGUCGCUACCAUCGACCGCUCCUCAACUGCUGUGGCGCCCUCCCCAAGCCUCUCCAAGUCCCUCUUCAACCCCCGCUCCAAUCCCGCUGUCCCUGCCCCUCCCACCUCUCACCCAGCAGCUGCAACAGCAGCUCCUCUUGAAACUAGCCAUCCUCUCAAUCAUUCAACACCUCUUUCAGACGAUGACUUCCACCGCCUAUUCUACCCUUCUAAUCCCUUUGACCCGGAUCUUUCACUCAUUGAAACAGGGGUCCCCUUUGACCUUUUCCCCACUGGAGAUCCAGCAGCACUUGCCUUUGAUUCUCUGGUUGAUUUCGACCCCGACCCAGUUAACCUCGACGGCACCAACAACAACAACAACAACAACAACAACAACAACAACAACAACAACAACAACAACAACACCGCCUCCACCUGCCCCUCCCCAACGAGCCUCGGACCUUCCGACAUCGAGCCGCCCAGUCUUUCGAAUCCGCCUUUUCACCCGCCUUCUAGCGUGCAGCCCAGCUUUGGCGCGUCCACUUCGCGAUGCGACGAGCAAGGCAUUGCAGCUUGUGGCUAGUGGUGCAGCGCUGGAUUUGGAUAGCCCGUUGGCGUCUCCGGUGUCCGGCAGCGUUCUGAUGGGUCGUGGUGAUGGCAGCGGUGGCCAAUUUGUUGGUAGUAGUAAUAGCAGUCGUUGUCGUCGUCGAGUAGUAGGCAAUGGGCUGUUGGCAAUGAUCCGGGCGAUUGACUGUAUCGAGCGGGCCAAGGCGAGGAAGCGAACGUGGAAGUUGACAACGAAAGGGCAGUGGUUGGCUGCGGGGUUAGGGAAGGCUGUGGCGGCGGUGUCUGUGCGGAGGCGGAGGGCCCUCCAGAGCCGGACGCGGUUAUCUGGUGGUGGUGGUGGUGGUGGCCGUGCGUAGACUCCGAGUUUCAGGUGCCGGGCGGCAUUGGAAAAAGUUAUUUGUGGCGAUUUACAAAGUUCCUGGGUCUGGUUUCUGGGUCUGGUCUGAUUUGUAUUCCAAGAUCUCUCUUUAAGUAGAGGAGGGUUUGAAAAGACGUGAUGAAUAUCUAUUAUUAUGAUUUUCGUUUGUUUUUUUUGUUGGUUUUUCUGUCUUGCCAAGCGGAUUCAGUUUACCUUUUGGAAUUUUUAUCUUUUCUUUUUUUUGAUUUUUGAAUUAGCAAAUUCAGGGUUUGAUCCAAUCAUCCCUCCU